ACAACAUAAAAAAUCGUGCGAUCCAGCAAACGUCAUCACUGGUCACUGUAUACGUCUGCUCUGCUUAUUUGGUUAUAUUUUUGCGUUCACAUUCGUCUGAAUAGUAGGCUAUCAAAAUUAAGCAUUAGUUCGUGUAAAAUAUAUACGAAUACAGUUAUUAAUCUUAUAUUGAGUAUUUACUUUAUGUUAUGUGUAAUAAGUGCUUAAGUUAAAGUGACGAUGGCAUUUUUCUUGCAAAAGGAAACUGUGAAACUCGCGUGCAAUUGUGGGUCGUUGAAACCCAUUUAUAGAUUGUACUUUUGUCGACAUUGCCAGAAAAUUAGAUGCGCAUACUGCGUUUCUCAUGAGGUGGAGUCCCACUACUGCAGCCACUGCCUGGAGAACCUGGCGUCGGCCGACGCCCGCCUCAAGCGCAACUGCUGCACCAACUGCAACGACUGCCCCGCGUGCAGCCACGUGCUGUCGGUGCGCAUCGUGCCGGUGACCUCGGCCGACCCCGACGACCCCUCCAGGACGGUCACCCGCAAGGGCUACUACCUGGUGUGCAGCUUCUGCCGGUGGACGUCGCGGGACGCCGGCAUGCCGGACCAGACCUCCGCUACCGGCGGGUGGGCGGAGCGAGAAGUGCCCCACGCCCGGAGGAUCUCGUCGCUGCUGGAGCACUACAAGGGGCUGGCCGCGAAGGAGCGCCAGGAGAAGGAGAAGCGGAAGUACGUUCCCCGCCGCAGCUACCUGCACUUCUCCGACAAGUUCGGGCUGUCGACGCUGCUGGCGCGCAAGCGGGCCGGCCUCGCCCCGCAGGGCCCGGGCCUCAAGGACGACGCCUCGGGGCUGCCCGAGCUCGAGCCCGCCGAGGCGUCCGAGGGCGUGGAGCCGCUGCCGGAGAGCGUGUUCUCCGAGCCGCUGGACCUGUCGCAAGUGACGACGAUGGCACAGCGCCUGCUGCAAGUGGAGGUGCAGCCGGCGGACGUGAGGCGGCUGCUGCCGGUGCACAAGCCGCUGCUGGUGAAGCGGUCGCUGCGGUGCCGCGAGUGCGAGCACAACGUCAGCAAGCCGGAAACCAGCCCCUCCUCCACCAAGUUCAAGAUACAGCUCUUUGCCUACUACCACGUGCCGGAGGUGCGGGUGGUGACGUGCGAGCCGCUGCUAGCCGGCCGCCCGGCGCAGCUGGUCCUGAAGCUGUGCAACCCCACGCAGCACCAGACCACGCUGUCGUUCCUGCCGCUGCCGUCCCCCGAGGAGGACCGGCGCGAGCUGGAGCUCGCCCUCCAGGAGAGACGCAAGAAGCGGGCCCCCGAGGCCAAGGGCUCGGCCGGCGGGAGGGAGGACGCCACGGCGGUGGUACAGUCGUUCACUCGCCAGCUGUCGGCCGGCGAGGACCCGCGCCCCGUCGCGGUGGAGGUGACGGGAGACGUGGUGCUGCCGGAGUGCUCCGUGGUCCUGCCGCCCAGGGACGACGCGGCGGAGUACGAUGACGUCGGGGACUCCCACGUCUUCCACGACGACCCCAAGGUGGUGGCGUGGCGCAAGGCCAACAAGGCGGCGGUGAAGCUGAGCGUGCUGCCCCGCCCGGAGGCCCCGGGAGGCGAGGUGGUGGUCGGCUUCCUCCUGCAGUACUCGUACGUCAACACCAUCCCCGCCCUCGACCAGAGGACCCCGCAGACGCAAGACCUCCGCGUCCGGGUGUACCUGUCGCUGGGGCCCACGCUCGGGGGGUAGUAGGCCCCCCGCUGGCCCGGAGUUCGUGCCCCACUAAUUGUCACCAGACACACCUGUAUUUCGCUAUUUCAUUUCACAAUCGUGAGGGUGCAACAGUACGGUGACCACAUUCUCAUUGGCCCCGUCAAGAGCGGGACGACACCUCUCACCGACCUCAGCCAGUAACCACAGGAGAAAAGCUACAGUGUUUUGUGAAAUACCUUGACACAAAAUGUAUUCGCGAAAUACAGGUGUCCCUAGUUAUCACUCUGUUCGUGGCCAACUACCAAUGCAAAUUAACUUGUCCUUGUAGAAUCUCAGUUUUAAUCAUAAAAAAAAAUAAUGAAGCAUUGCAAAUGAAUAAUAAAAUCACCAAAUAAAAACCCCACCUUACAUUACAUGCUAACAGGUUGUUUCCAUCAUGGAUAAUUAAUUGUGGUAGCUUGAAGUUUGUACUCAUAAGUAAAAAUAUGUAUGUACAUUCAUUGUGUAACACUACAGUUUUGCCUACUGCAGCUUGCGAUAAAAACAUAAAACCCAUAUUCAGGGAACCUUGAAAAAAUAAUUUUAAGGAUGCUGAGAAGCCAAAUUUAAAUUUAUAUAAUAAUUUGAAUGGAUAAAAUUAUAUUUAAUGUUAGCUUGCUGUGUGUAUGUGCAUGAGGUUUUAUAUUUGUUUUGAAUUUUUAACUGCAGCAUAUAUGAUAUAUAAAUGUUGCAAAGUAUAUUUGAAUUAUUUCUUUAGGCUUUUGUGUAAUAAUUUAUAACACAUCAAUAAAAAUACUCCAUUAAAAUUAAUGGAUUUAUAAAGUAUGUUUAUUUUGUCACAUGCUGAAUUGUAUUAUAGCCAUAUAAUUUCAUCUGAAGUAUAACCAUAGAAAGUAAUUAAAUGUAAUUUAUGUAGAAAUAAAAUAUGCAAUUAUUUUAUAAGCUUAAUUAGUGUAUACAAAAUGAAUAAAAGCUUUUUGAAUAUUUGCAAA